AGUCUAGACCUCCUAUAGCUCCUCAACAGAUGUGUAGUCUAGACCUCCUAUAGCUCCUCAAUAGAUGUGUAGUCGAGACCUCCUAUAGCUCCUCAACAGAUGUGUAGUCUAGACCUCCUAUAACUCCUAAACAGAUGUGUAGUCUAGACCUCCUAUAGCUCCUCAAUAGAUGUCUAGUCUAGACCUCCUAUACCUCCUCAACAGAUGUGUAGUCUAGACCUCCUAUAGCUCCUCAACAGAUGUGUAAUCUAGACCUCCUAUAGCUCCUCAGAUGUUUAGUCGAGACCUCCUACCUCCUAUAACUCCUCAACAGAUGUUUAGUCGAGACCUCCUACCUCCUAUAACUCCUCAACAGAUGUUUAGUUGAGACCUCCUACCUCCUAUAACUCCUCAACAGAUGUUUAGUCGAGACCUCCUAUAACUCCUCAAUAGAUGUGUAGCGUAGACCUCCUAUAGCUCCUCAACAGAUGUGGUCUAGACCUCCUUCGUCCUAUGGCUCCUCAACAGAUGAGUAGUCUAGACCUCCUAUAGCUCCUCAACAGAUGUGGUCUAGACCUCCUUCGUCCUAUAGCUCCUCAACAGAUGAGUAGUCUAGACCUCCUACCUCCUCAACAGUAGAUGCUACUGCUGUUUUCAUGCCACAGCAGCCCUGUGCGUGUUCCCGCUCCGUCGAGCACGCCCCCGCCCAGUAGGAGCGUGCACAUCGUGUGCGCGCAGGACCCUUCCCUAGACUACAAGACAGUACCAAACCCAGCCUGGAGCCUGACGCAAGGUAGCGCACCCAGAGAACAGAGAGAGAGAGAGAGAGAGAGAUGGACGGAGUGGGAUCGUUCGGAGCGGGCCUGGCGGGUGCUGCCUUCGACCCGGUUUCCUUCAUCAAGCAGCCGACCACCAUCCUCAGGGUCUUGUCCUGGGUAUUCUCCCUGGUGGUGUUUGCCUCUAUAGUGAAUGAGGGCUAUGUGAACCUGGGUAGUGAACGUCUCCACUGUGUGUUCAAUAAGAACCCUGAUGCGUGUAACUACGGAGUGUUCUGUGGUCUGGUGGGCUUGUUGCUGUGCUCCUUCUUCUUCCUGUUGGAUGUGAAGUUUCAACAGAUCAGCUCUAUUAAGGACAGGAAGAAGGCUGUGAUGCUGGAGGUCGGGGUUUCAGGUUUCUGGACGUUCCUGUGGUUUGUGAGUUUCUGUUUCCUGGCCAAUCAGUGGUCUAGGACCGCCCCUGAGGACCUGCCACUCAAUCAGGGGGCUGACGCAGCCAGGGCAUCUAUCGCCUUCUCAUUCUUCUCCAUCCUCACCUGGGCUGGUCUGACGGUGCGUGCAGUCCAGAAAUAUCUCCUGGGAACAGACAUGACCCUCUUCACCACCGACCAUCUGGACGGAGUCGCCCCUGUAACACCAUACCCCCCCACCACCACCGGGGGCACCAUCGAACCCAGCGACAACUACCAGAGCCCCCCGUUCACAGAGGGGCUGGAAGCCCCUGCCCCCACAUACCAGGUCCCCAUAUACUAGUCCCUCCCUGUCCCCACAUACCAGGUCCCCAUAUACUAGUCCCUCCCUGUCCCCAUAUACUAGUCCCUCCCUAGUCCCCACCUCCCUGUCCCCCUAGUCCCUCCCUGUCCCCACAUACCAGGUCCUAUCCACUAGAGAACAUAGUGCUGGAAGCGCUGAAGGGGACCUAGUUACAUGUACAGUCCCUCCAUGGUAAUGUUUUUAAGGGGAUGUUCUGUUCUUGGGUUCGGUGUUAUCUGCAUGUUCUGUAAGACUGACUAAGUGCCAAACUGUCUUGUGUGUCUGACAGUGACUGUAGAUAGUAACUUUCACCACUAUGAUGUUAACGUGACCAAGUGCAAUAUCUCCCUCCACCCAGUAGCCACUCUGCAGACCAGUCAUACACUAUUCCCUAUGUAGUGCAUUAAUGAUGGCCAGCUGAGCCUUUACCACCAGUGCACUUUGUAAGGUAAUAGUGGUUUCAGAUGCGCCCUAAACUAAUGUGUGCAAACAUCACAGAAGAUUCUGGCUGGUUUAUGUUUACAUUCUAGAAGUGGUUUGUUUACAUUUAGCUGUUUAUUUAUGUUUUAGAAGCUGUUUAUUUAUGUUUUAGAAGCUGUUUGUUUACUUUCUAGAAGCUGUUUGUUUACGUUCUAGAAUCUUUUUGUUUCUUUUCUAGAAGCUGUUUGUUUACAUUCUAGAAUCUUUUUAUGUUUCUUUUCUAGAAGCUGUUGGUUUCAUUCUAGAAGCUGUUUGUUUACGUUCUAGAAGCUGUUUUUACAUUCUAGAAUCUUUUUGUUUCUUUUCUAGAAGCUAUUUGUCAUUCUGGAAGCUGCCAAACUGCCCUGCUAGUUGUCUUCCUUCACAGAGCAUCAGUCAGUCAGCUACCCAGAGAUAAACUAGACAUACCAUGAUGGCUCUUUAUUACUGUAUAUACCCUGGGUCUGGGUCUCUCUAAAUCUGCUCUGUGGAAUACAACCGUGCCCAUUGUUACCAUGGUGACAACACACCCACACACACUCACUAGUGAACCUCACUGCCCAGUGUGUGUGUGUGUGUGUGUGUGUGUGUGGUAUUUGUUGUUUCAGGUCUGAAGAAAAAGAAAGACAAGUAAAGCGUUCUUCUGUUGGUGGUGUUCCGGAACAGAGGUGUUCCGGAACAGAGGUGUUCCGGAACAGAGGUGUUCCGGAACAGUCUGUCUCACCAUCUUGUACAGUGUCUCUAGGUGAAGCCUAGACAUUACAUGUCACUGUCUGUAUUGACAGUCAUAUUACAUAUUAUAUUACAA